UGUCAUUUUCCGAGAUAUACUCGUCUCGAGGAAAACAAAACUCAAAUCCAUCAUCCUCUCUUUUCUUUCUCUUCUACCUAGCUACCCUCCCUUGCUUUCCAGAUUGUUCUUUUUCCGGGAAAAGCCUACUAUACUAAAAGCAAAUAAAGUUGUUCUAAACAAUUAAGAUGCCCUUGGAAGGGGUUUUCAUUCAACCACCCUCUACUUCUGCUACUUCUGCUUCUACUACUACUUGUGUUCCUGAUCUUUCCCUUCACAUAAGCCCUCCAACCACCACCAACUAUGCCGGAGGACAUCACACCGACCUCUCUCUUGGGAGACGAGAACCACCACCACCACCACCAUCACUGCCGACUAACAUGAACCACAUAAACGAAGCCUUGAGACCCAUCAAAGGGAUCCCGGUUUAUCACAACCGUUCUUUCCCUUUCUUACCCAUGGAUAGGGAUCACAACAAUCCAAAUCCCAAGAUGUGCUUAUAUCAUCACAUGCCUGCAUCUUCUUCUCCUUUCCCUGUGGGAGUGGGUUUAGAUCCCAUUUCCUUCUUGAAUUCCGGGGGAGCGGGAGGGCCUUAUAAUAAUAGGGCUGCUGCCACAACUAGGUUCAAUAAUGGGAUCCCAAGCCAUCAGCAUCAUCCAUUGCACCACCACUACGGCUCGUCGGAGAUGAUGAGAUCAAGGUUCUUGCCUAAGCUCCCAAGCAAGAGGAGCAUGAGAGCACCCAGGAUGCGGUGGACUAGCACCCUCCAUGCUCGAUUUGUUCACGCCGUUGAGCUUCUUGGUGGCCAUGAAAGAGCAACACCCAAGUCCGUACUUGAGUUGAUGGAUGUGAAAGAUCUCACAUUAGCCCAUGUCAAAAGCCAUUUGCAGAUGUAUCGAACUGUUAAGACUACUGACAAGCCUGCAGCUUCUUCCGGGCUUUCGGAUGGAUCAGGAGAGGAUGAAAUGUCUCCUCCAAUGGGAAGCAGUGGUAUGCGUCCAUUUCAAGAGCAAAGAGGCCAACAAGAUAUGGAUUAUUCUUCCACCCCAACACUAUGGAGUAAUAAUUCUUCAAGCAAUAGGGACCCAUGGCCACAAGCUAAUUCAAACGACAUAGAUGGUUUCAGACCAAUAUCAAUGUUUCAGUCUCAAUCCAUAGGCCAUCAAAUCCAGCAGGCGUGUGAUUCAACCCAAAUCAAGAGCAGUUUGUCAGGAUCUAAUAAUAAUUUAGAGUGCAAGAACCCAAGUUUGGAGUUCACAUUAGGCAGACCAGAUUGGAAUGGCAAAGGACAAGCCUAAUAAUUUUGAUUGCUUCUUUUUAUUUGUCUUUAUAUAUUUUUGUAUUUCAGUUAUCCUCAAAUAGAAAAUAAUUAGGUGCAUGCUGUAUGUUAGAUAUAUAUAAAAAUUAGUGUCAAUGAUGAGAAGAAAGAAAGAAAAAAACCA